UCUCGGGCCUUUCUGGGAACAGGCAGUUGGGAAGGCCUUGCCGGGAGAGUUGAGGGCCCGGGUUCCACUGGCAGUUGGGCCGUGACGUACGAAGGUUCUGGUGACGAAAAGACGGUUCCGGAAGAGGCCCUGCUGCCGUGUGGCUCUUGUCUACCUUGCUGUUGGAUCGGAAGGAGAGACGCGGGGGUGGGUGCCCCCCGAGGCCUUCCCUGCCUCCGUCCAGCCGCCCUGGUGCGAGGCUCGGGGCCUCUGGGCAGCGGCUGAGGCCACGGACGGUGGUUGCCGGUGAAGCCGUGUCGGGUCGCCUCGCUGCCCGGGGGCUCCCUCUGGAACUGGGCAGGCAGAGCACUGCCCUGUUUCCGCUGCCUAGUGCCGUGUGUCCUCAGGCACCGGUCUCUCUGGGGCAGUGCGAGCCGAGCCCAGCCGGGGCUGCGCUGGGUGACUCAGCUGGACGGGUGGAGGUGAGCGCAGUGGACACUGAGCUCAGCGGACAGGGAUUUGAGUCCCUGUUAUCCUGAGCUCCACCUGGGGGCCUUCGCCGGCCCAGAGGUCGCCUUCUUACAGAGCUGGCCGCUAGCCACCCCUUAUCCGGGGCUUCGCCCCCCUCUCAGGCGAGCACCAUCACCCUGGGGGACCUGGGGCUCUCCCUGGAGGAGGAGCUGGCCAGCCCUGGGCUCUUGAGUCUGGAGGAGAUCUCCGAGAGGUAUGAGUCCAGCCACCUGGCGUCUGCCAUGUCCGUCCCCGAGCAGGAUCCCCCUAAGCCCUGGAAGCAGCUGGAGCAGUGGGUGGCCGACCUGCAGGCCGAGGUGGUGUCCCUGAGGGAACACAGGGACCGCUGUGAGCCGGCCAUGCUGAGCCUGCUCCGGGAAAUGCUCCGGCUGCGGGCCUGCGUGAAACUGCAGGACUCCGAGCUGAAGAAGCUUCAGCAGGACCUAUGGCGGGUGGCCCGGGCCCCGGAGAAGGAGGCCCUCGAGUUCCCUAGCCCCCAGAACCAGACCCAGAUGCAGGCCCUGGACAGGAGGCUGGUGGAGGUCCGGGAAGCCCUGACACAGGUCCGGAGGAAGCAGGCGCUCCAGGACUCUGAGCGGAAGGACACCGAGCAGGAGGCUAGCCUCAGGUUGGCCGAGCUGGCCGGGAGGCUGGAGCAGGAGGAACAGUCCCGGGAAGCGGCCUGCAGCGGUCUGCAGAAGAGCCAGGAGGAGGCGAGCCAGAGGGCAGACCUUGAGGCGGCCAAGGUGCAGGCCCAGGUGACCAAGCUCGGGGAGGAGAUGAGCCUCCGCUUCCUCAAGAGAGAGGCCAAGCUGUGCGGCUUCCUGCAGAAGAGCUUCCUGGCCCUGGAGAAGAGGAUGAAGGUCUCGGAGAGUGCCCGGCUCAAGGCGGAGGGCAGCCUGAGGGAGGAGCUGGACAGCAGGUGGCAGGGGCUGCAGGAGCUGGCCGAGGAGCGCGUCCAGGCCCUGCAGGGGCAGCACGAGCAGCAGGAAGCACGCCGCCUCCUGGAGCAGUGCCGGGGCCUGGACAGGGCCGUGGUCCAGCUGACCAAGUUCGUACGGCAGAACCAGCUGUCCCUGAGCCGCAUCCUCCUGGCCGAGCAGAAGGCCCGGGACGUCAAGGGGCACCUGGAGGAGAGCCGGGCGGGGGAGCUGGCCACCUGCCUGCGGGAGAACCUGACGGCCGUGCAGCUGGCCGGGGAGCUGGCCCAGCGGGAGAUGCACAGCGCGUUGGAGCUGCAACGAGAGAAGAGCCAGGCCCUGGAGGUGUCGCUGGCCGAGCUGGAGACGCAGGUGAAGGACCUGAGUGACCACUUCCUGGCUCUGAGCUGGAGACUGGACCUGCAGGAGCAGACACUGAGCCUUCGGCUGAGCGAGCGUGUGACCAGCUUAUCUUUUCUUCCGCUGAUGGACACCGCACCGCCCCCUGGUCUGGCCACGGAAGGCGCUGCUGCAAAGAGAGAGUGGGAAGGCUCAGAGCAGAAAUCCCUGGAGGGCCUGGUCCGCUGUCAGAAGGAGGCUGAGGAGCACCUGAGGGAGGUGCGGGAGCGAGUGGACAGCCUGCCACGGCAGAUAGAGGCCGUGUCCGACAAGUGCGUCCUCCACAAGAGCGACUCAGACCUCAAGAUCUCGGCCGAGGGCAAGGCCAGGGAGUUCGAGGUCGGGGCCGUGCGGCAGGAGCUGGCCUCUCUGCUGUCCUCUGUUCAGCUGCUCAGGGAGGGCAACCCCGGGCGUAAGAUCGCGGAGAUCCAGGGCAAGCUGGUCACGUUUCAGAACCAAAUAAUGAAACUGGAGAACAGCAUCCAAGACAACAAGACCAUCCAGAACCUCAAGUUUAAUACAGAAACCAAGCUGCGCGCGGAGGAGUUGGCCAGCCUGCGUGAGAGCUUCGUGCGGCUGUGGAGUGAGGAGGGCCCGUGGGCGCUGACGCUGGGCAGCAGGAGGGUCCUCAGGUCCCUGGUGAGGCAGCGGUUUUUCAUCAAGGACGUGGCCCCCGGAGAGGCGGUCCCCAUGAACUGCUGGGGCGUGUAUCAGGCCGUGAGGUGGGCAGGGAAGCCGCCCUCUGGAGACCCCUCCAGGUCAGGGUGGUGCCGGGGAGGCCCCGAGGUCAGCAGGCGUGAGCCGCGUCUCCCGGCAGGUGGCUGCAGUGGAAGGAGGUCCUCAUGGGCCGGGUGGCGCAGCGGAGGGCGAGCGCGGUCUCGGAGAGGUCCCUCUGCCAGGAGCCCGUCUGCACGCUCACUUCCGCGUCCCUUUCCCGGAAAUAAAUGUGCCAGCUCCUGUUGCUGUCGGAGUCCAGAGUCCCCUCCCCCAGGAGCGCGAGCCCAGUGAGCCCUCCACCCAGGGCUUUCCUGGGCCUUCCUGCCGACGGCCGUGGCGUCCCGGGGCCCCAGCCACUCACUGCAGGCCUCCUUGAGGGCCAGCUGGCCCGGGUCUGGGGUCUCCUGGGUCACGCCCGCGCGGUGGCCAGCACAGGAAGCAGCUCCCCCUGCCCCGAUCUGGGGAGUGAAUGUCGCGUUUGCUCCCUCGCUCGGGGAGCACCCUUUCUUCCCGCCUCCAAGGAGGCCCUCGCUCUUCCCGCUCUUCCCACGUGGCUGGCCCUGCCACCUGCCUGGGGGCCUCAAGGAGGGGCAGCCCCAGGGCCGGGCGGCUGGGCAGGUGGUGGGAACAGCUGCCCUUUGCUGCCCACCUGGGGCCUCAGGGAUGUCUGGGUGGCGAACGGCCUCGCCCAGAGCCAGGCACAGUGUGUAGACCCCCUGAGCACAUGACCUCUGAGGGGCUGCGGCUCCCGCCCGGGGGGCCUCUGCUGGGGGCCGACUCCCUGGGCCUGCCAAGUCCCGACCUGAGCUGGCUCGUUCUGCUGGCUGCCACCAUGGUUGGGGGGCCCCAGGGGCUCCUCCGAGAGAGCAGUGACAGUCCAGACGCCUGCUGCUCCGGCCC